AUGCUUUUUGCUUCAAUUCUCAUCGGCUUUCUCGCCACAGGCGUCCUCGCAGGAACACCAGCCAACUGCUGCGUCGGAAACGCCGAGGGGCAGGUCAACUACAACCCGGGUCACACUUCAUCCUGCUGCAGCGGACGGGGCUCGAUAUCAAACGGGGAAUGCGACGCAACGGAUUUCGAUGGCUUCACUAGCUGCUGCAACAGCCUGGGUGAUAAGGUGUGCACAUUUUAG